CAGCACGACCACCAGCACAACCACCAGCACAACCACUACCAGCGACCAGCACGACCACCAGCACAUCCUUCAGCACGACGACCAGCACAACCACCAGCACGACCACCAGCACGACCAGCCACCAGCACGGCCACCAGCACCUCCACCAGCACGACCACCAGCACCUCCACCAGCACGACCACCAGCACAACCACCAGCACAACCACCAGCACAACCACCAGCAGGACCACGAGCACGACCAUCAGCAGAAUCACCAGCAGGGCGCACGGUCGAAAUAAAGCAGUGCGAGAUCACACCGGUAGGUAUGAUGAUAAGAACGAUUUGAACCAUGCGGAACCUCUGACAACAAGCAUGUGCCAGUUCAUCGAGGACAAGUUCCGCGGCCUCCUUUGGAAGACUAUCCCGAAUCUGCUGAUGCCUGGUUUCCCGUCUCUGAACGAGCGUUUGCUGGACCCGGCGGUGACCCGGCAGCAUGAAACGUAG